CAUACAACAUAGCCAUCUUGUCAAGAGUGACUGAGUGAGGGAGGUAACUGUAGGCGCUGUCGUUUGUUUAAAGCGUGAAAUGUAAGAGCGUUUUCUUCCCUCGACAGUAAAGAAAGUGUCGCCACCGAAUGAAUCUAAGCUGGUGACGGGAGCGCGCACAAAGGACUGCUUUCGGGAAGAUGUCUCACAUACUUGUUCCGACGUAGGGGGAGUGUGCAGCAGCCAGUUGGCUUGACUUGCUAGCUAGCUCAGUGAGUGGAGGGCUGCAGGCCCUCCUCAGCCUAAAGUAGCUCCUACAGCUGGGCAACACACUCUGCGACAACGGCCGUUUGACAACUGCAGAACCGGGACAUUAGCAGGCCGGUCCGGACUGACCGAAAGCUGUGGAUCAAUCAUCUGACAGGCUGAAAGCUGCAUAGCUGGACAAGACGAGACGAAGUGUGGCGUUGCGUUAUGCGCUCAUGAACCGCAACAGGAGACCAAGAGAGGAAGAGGGAUGGCGGAGAUUCAUCUCGAGUACAUUUAAGUGUGACGCUGAGUAAAAUAGAUGUGUGGUGUUUAAUUAUGAUCUGAGCUUUUAGAAGUUACAAUCAGCUCGUCCCUUUCUGACGGAGGAUAAACAUAGCCAUACGGGACUCAGAAUCAGGCUUUCAAUAUGUCGAGAAUGCCGGCCAAGAAAAAGAGCUGUUUUCAGAUCACAAGUGUGACUCAGGCCCAGGUGGCGGCUAUAGGUGCCGCCGACGACACGGAGAGUCUGGACGACCCAGAUGAGUCACGGACUGAAGAUGUGUCGUCUGAAAUAGGCCUGUACGACAUGUCACGGGGUGAGUACGAGCCUGCGUGCGACGGAAGUUCAUCCGAAGAAGCGCUGAAUAAUGUUGGAGAGCCGGAGGCAGUCAGUGUUAUGGCACCAUCACACAUACCUCAGCCCAGUCAGUUGUCUGCGCUGUCAAGCAAUCCUAUUGUGGAGUUUCGAAAAUUUGGAGUGUCAGGCUCCAUUCAAGGGGGUCAGCAGCCGCCGGGGAUUGGCGUUGCACCUGGUUUACCCCUCAUCACUCAGUCGGGGGGAAUGCUGCAACAGGCUGCUCCAGCAGCCAGCGCUGGCCAAGCCAGUGUGUCAGUAAACACAUCCCAACCCCCUGCAGUGACCAGUUCAGCUCCUGCCACCUCCACGGUGAGUUGCACUUCACGGUUCAGGGUCAUUAAACUUGAUCAUGGUACUGGAGAACCCUUUCGAAGAGGCAGGUGGACGUGUACAGAGUUUUAUGAGAAAGACUCUGAGAGCUCUGCUGUUAGUAGGACUGUAGAUAGCAUUAGGCACGCCAGUGCAGCACUGGACCCUGCUGCCGACAGAGACAGUGGGCUGGGGCACACAGGAGGAUCUGUGGUCGCGCCAGCAACACAGUCUGGUCAGGGCCUGGGCUCCAUGGCAGAUACUUCUCUUUCUGCAUCCCGCAUGCAUUCAGUGGAGACAAUACCGCAGCAGCAACAACUUCACCUUCAGAACUACAGUGCCUGGCAACAGGGUGUUAGUGAGUCGUCCGCGCAGAGUGCUUUCUCCAACAGCAAACCUGCAGCUGUCCCAGCUCAGCCAGCAGUGGGAGGUCUCCAGCCCUCUGCUCCCCAGAGCACGUUGCCUGUCGGACAAAAUGGCCUGCCUCAAUCUGGUGUCCACACACAGAAGUCCCCCAUCAUGCCUCCUUCAGCCCAGCCCAUUGCUUACCCUCCCCAGCAUCAGCAGCAGCAGCUUCCUAUGGGCCACCACCUAACCAGCCAGUCUCCUGGACUGCUACAGAACCAGACGGAAUACUAUCAGCAGCACCAGCCCAUUUCCAUGCAGCCAGGACUUUCCACAGGCCAGUCCCUCCCAGUGUCUGGCCUUUCUGCGGGUCCACAGCCUGUGGGACAAGGACUCGUUUCGGUCUUUCCUCAAGCCUCUGGAGGGGCUUCUGUGCCAAGUCAAGUUGGAGACGUUGCAGCAGCAGGAGGUGGAUCUGUACCUACCGGACAGCCAGCCCCGGGCCUCUUGCAGCAGCACACAGGAGGAAUGGGAGGUGGCGGAGGCUCCACACUGGUUGGUGGAUCCAUUUUGCAACAGCAGACUGUGAGUCAGUAUGCAGCCGCUGGACAGCCUCAACCCCACGGCCUCCACACUACAUCCUCCAGUGUACAAAAUGUGCCUGCCAUCGCAGUGAGCUCCAGUGUGCCCACCACUGUGCCCACUGCUGUGCCCAGUGCCUCCAGUGCGGCCAUGCCAAACGUGACAACCUCCAGUUUGCCUCAGGUUCAGGUACCCCACAGCAAGACUCCAGUGGCUUUUGGGGUGCAGGGCCUCCCAGCAACUGGAUAUGGACAUAUGGAGGGUGAAGAUGGAGGGAAAUCAGAGGGUCUCGUCAACGCACAGUCUCCUGUUGUGUCUGGGAAGGAACCGGCGAAACCCUUCAUGCCUGAGAGCCUGCAGCUCACCACUCCAACUGUCAGUCUAUUUGGAAUCCACAUACCGUUCGACGGAGAUGUGGACAGGGCCUCGGGAACCAAUGUUGCUGCCAUUGAUAAUAAAAUUGAACAGGCAAUGGACCUGGUGAAAAGCCAUCUGAUGUAUGCAGUGCGUGAGGAGGUGGAGGUUUUGAAGGAGCAGAUCAAGGAGCUGUAUGAGAGGAACUCUGUGCUGGAGAGGGAGAAUGCCGUGUUGAAAUCUCUGGCCAACAGCGAGCAGCUGUCUCAGCUCUCCACCCAGUCGGCCACUAGCUCCGGCACCACACCUCCCCAGCUAGGACCAAGCCAGCCUCAGCAACAGGCCCAGUCUGCGCUUCAAGUUCAGCCUCAGCCGCAGUCACAGCCCCAGCUCCAGCACCACCCCAUACCCCAGCAGCUCCAGACUCAGCCUCAGCUCGAUCCUGGCCAACAACAACAGCUGCAGCCCAACGUCACCUCCGCUUGAAGUGCAUCUGCCCUGCUUCACAUAGGGCAGAAAAAAAGAAGAGCACCUUCUCCUUAUUACAAUUAGUGUAUGUGAAAUUAAAAAGAAGAAAAAAAAAAAUGUUUGUCUUCUUAGCCACCAGCUUGACCACAAAGUACAAUGCGUGUGUGUGUGUGUGUGUGUGUGUGUCUGUCUGGGUGAGUAAGCAAGCAAGCGUGACUGUGAAAUGUGAGCAUGUAUGCAUCUGUACUGUGGGCCUUUCCAGUGUUAAUGCAAUCAUCGAGAGAGAGACAGAGAGAGAGACAGAGAAAGUGUAUGUAGAGACAGAAUGUCAGGGAAGGUCGUGGGUGCUGUUUUUCAUCUGCUCUGUGGUUGACUGCUUUGUCUGAGCUUGUGGACAAGAUGUCUUUUCUUGGACCAGGCCCGAGCCUGACCGGCCUGCGACCUGACCUGAAACUUGCUCAGACCAUGGGUGUGGAAGGGGGGGGGGUCACCACACAUAAGGGACAAAUGGAGUGAUUGUGAAAAGAGGCCGAUUAUUUUUUUAAAUGACAUAAUUGAGUGGGUAAAGGGUUAUUUUUAGCCUUGCUGUUUCAUGUUGUAAAGUAAGAAGUGGGAGAGAGUCUGUCUUUGUCGGAGCGCCACACUGCUGCCGUUACUUUUACAUCAAGUCCAACCCUUGCAUCGGUCUUUUGAGUUCUACUGUUAAGUGUUUUAUUUAUUACAGGGCUGCUAUUUUCAUAAAUGAAAAAUUUCAUGAAACUUCUUUAACAGUAGCCCAGUGACUCGUUUCCUCAUUUCUUCUACAGUGUUUCAGCAGAUUGGCCAUACUGCUCUGGGGCAACGCUUUAUAUUUAAUUGUUAAAACAAAUGUAGGCAAACAAAGAAAUUGACAAAUGUUUAACACUAACUCAAAUUUUGCUCUGCAAAUGCCAAUUUAUAGCUCAAUAGAAGGUCCAGUAUGAAUGUACAUUUUUGUAUAGUAUUAAGAGCCUUGAUAGGUGACUCUUCACCUGUUGACAUCAAAUCUUAACGUGAGCCUGCAGAAGGUUGAUGAAGAUUCAAUUCUGCUGGUAGUUUUAUCUAAAAGUGAAUUAGUAUUGCCAUGUCCCCCCUCCUUCAUGUUUUUCUUCCCAAUGUUUGAGGGGGCCAGGGGGGGGGGAAAGCUGUGAAAUCAUUCAACCUACUUUGUAACCAAAGAUGCAAAGCUGUGUAAAUUCAUUAUUUCUAAAUGCACACAUUUCUUUUUUUUUUUUACUUCCUCCUUCACAAAACUAUUUUGUUGCUGUUCGGCAUGUUCUGCAUGAUCUGUAAUCUUCAAACCACUUUCUUACCUCAUUUUUAUUCAGCACUCUUAUUGUAAGAUAGUCUGUGAACAGUGUAAAUGGGGAAAAAUGAUGCAGAGCGGAGAGUCAUGUGGAGAGCAAAAUAACCUAGCGUCACUGACACUAGUCAGAGAAAAAAAUGAAGUGAGCCAUGUUUUGUUCCUUUAAAUGGUGUUUGAAUUUCAUAUGCCAAUAGUUUUGUUACAUUGCAAAUUUUAAUGUAUUUAAAUAAAAGCAAUAUUCAGAUUCCAAAA